AUGGGUAUCCGGGGACUUAUGAGUUUUGUGGAAGAUUAUAGUAAUGAAUUCUUCGUUGAUUUGAAAUUGCGGGACACAAAAAUUAUCAUUGAUGGCUAUUCUCUUUUCCACCGACUUUGCUUCAAUUCGAACUUGGAGCUCAGGUAUGGAGGGGACUAUGAUUCGUUUGCAGAUGUUGUACAGAAAUUCUUUGAAUCACUGUUUGCUUGUCAUAUUUGCCCGUAUGUUGUAUUAGAUGGAGGAUGUGAUAUUACAGAUAAAAAGCUGACAACUUUGAAGGAUCGCGCUAGAGAGAAGAUCCAAGCGGCCCAUUCCCUCUCUGUUGGUGGGGGUGGGAAUGUGUGUCCCUUACUCAUCCGAGAAGUGUUCAUACAGGUUUUGAUCAGGCUUAAGGUCUGUUUUGUCCAGAGCUUUUCAGAAGCAGAUCGGGACAUUAUGACACUUGCCAAUCACUGGAAUUGUCCCGUGCUAUCAUCAGACAGUGACUUUUGCAUUUUUGACCUAAAAAGUGGGUUUUGCCCGCUGAAUAGCUUUCAGUGGAGAAAUCUGGACACUAUUAAGGAUACACAAGAUUACUAUAUUCCUGCCAAAAGCUUUUCCCUUGAUGCAUUCUGCCAUUACUUCAACAACAUGAACAAGGCUCUACUGCCUCUCUUUGCGGUGCUAUGUGGGAACGACCAUGUUAAUCUGCCCAUCAUGGAGACAUUCAUAAGUAAAGUACGUCUACCCUUUAGUUCUAAGGGGAGGAGAUAUCACCGAGUUCUGGGACUUCUGAACUGGUUGUCUAAUUUCGAUGACCCCACGGAAGCACUAGAUAACGUUCUAAAGUCUCUCCCAAAAAAGAGUCGAGAGACUGUUCGGGAACUUCUCUGCUGUUCUAUGGAAGAGUACCAGCAGUCCCAGGUGAAGCUGCAGGACUUUUUCCAGUACGGGACUUACGUCUGUACAGAUGCCUUGAAUCUGGGUUUACCAGGGUGGGUACUAGCAGCUCUGGCCAAAGCCCAGCUACCACCUUUCAUCAGUGAUGCUUUGGUGCUCCGAAGGACCUUUCUUCAUACACAAGUAGAAAAUAUGCAGCGACCAAAUGCCCACAGAGUAUCUCAGCCCAUCCGGCAAAUCAUCUAUGGACUCCUUUUGAAUGCCCCAUCACAUCCAGAAGAUAAAUCUCCGAAUACAUUGCCUUCCCAGCUUCUGGCUUUCAAUGAAGUGGAAAGAAUUAAAACAAAUAUCAAAACAUCAACUGUUUAUGUGAAACAACUGCUCAAGGAUCAUUGUGACUUGAGCAAAUUGGCUGAGCUCCCCUUGUCUAGACGGCAGAUGCUUCUGUUAGAAGCCCUGAAGGUCAAACAGGUUGUCCUGGAGUCCAUCCCUACUUCUCUGAAGUUGCCCAUUGCUGUGACUUGUUACUGGUUGCAGUCCACAGAGGCCAAGGCAAAGCUCCAUCAUCUGCAGGCCCUACUGCUGGGGAUGCUGAGGGAGCCCUUACAUGUCAUCAUCAACAGCCCUGAUAGUGAAGAUCCACGGAGAGGUGGUGCCAAGAUGCUGUAUGAAGAAUUACAACAGGUGAAGGCAGCCAUGCGGCCGGGUCCCAGAUUGGAUUUAGACACAGCCCACGUCUUCUGUCAGUGGCAGUCCUGUCUCCAGAUGGGCUUGUAUCUCAAUCAGCUGCUGUCCACUCCUCUGCCAGAGCCAAACCUAACUUGGUUGUACAAUGGAAACCUGGUCCACAGACUCUGCCAGCAACUGCUAGCAUCUUGUUCUGCAGAAAGCCUCCUGAGCAUAUGUCCUGAGGCAAGGCAACUUUAUGAACAUCUGUUCAGUGCCACAAGAUCAUAUGCCCCAGCUGAAUUGUUUUUACCAAAAGCUACAUCAAAAUCAAAAAAAAGGAGGCAGAAGAAGAAGAUUGCCAGCCUGGGAACCACUUCAGACACCAAGCACUGCUCCUAUGCAAUCAAAUAACUUAAAGAAGUAGUCCUCAUGGAAGGAAAAAUCAGAGGGAGCAGCCAGCGGGAAGUCCUGGGCCGAGGAGACUGAGUGGAGCCUAACCCUUGGAUGGCCUGUCCUAAUCUGCACUAGUAGGAUUUGGAGAACUGAACUCUGGGUCUGUAUUACAUAUUUUUUCAAGACUAUAAAACUUUACAAUUCGGCAUCUACAGUUAUAAGUGUAAUAGUAACAAUACUACCUGGGAAGUCAUUAGUGAACUUAUGAAAAACUCACUUUAUUUUUAUAGUUCAAUACCAAGUGAAAAGAUAGGCACAUUCAUUUCAUGAGUCAUAUUCUCAACCUCUACUGUAAAACAAACAAGACUGAAUAUGCACUUAAUAUGUAGUUUUCAAGUUUGGAACAGAAUGUAAAAAACCAUUAUAAAAUUUUGCUAUGAGACAUCAAACCUCUAUGAGUUGGUUGACAGUGACCUCACGUCCCACCUAAUGAGACAGAACAAUGUACACUGACAGUUGAGCCUGAGAGAUUAAGACAAAGUCAGACAUCUGGCUCCUUACGUUCAUGCUUCAGUAGUACAGACUCAGACAACAGAGUUCUCCUAUCAACGACAGCGCAGCAGCGUUAACACUCACCAGUAAUAUUGAACAAGCUCAGAACAGUUAAUUCUGACAGUUUAUGAAAUACAAGAUUCAACACUUACCUUUAUUUUGUCAAGCUCUUAUAAAAACUGAUGGUUUACACAAAGCAAAUCCAUCUAUUUCCCAAGCAUACCAAAAGAAGAAGACGGAUCCCAACAAACGGCAGAAGGGACAGACUCAGGGUUGUGCUACAAUCUAGGCCAAAGCGGCUGCCUAGAGGAUUCGGAGGAGCAAGGCCUGCACAGGAUCUUCUGAUGGACACCCUGGUUCAUGUCCUAUCUCUCUGAGUUUGGGACUUUUGAUUUUCUAAGUAUGGUAGUCUAUACUCUCUAAGAAAUAGACUUAAAAAUACAAAUAUGAAACAGUAAUAAAGGUCAAUUAUUUAGCUGAAGUGUUUGAUUUAUAAAGAAGAAAUGACAAGAUGACACUGACAAAGUAGAACUGUAUUAACCUAAACAAGGACGUGUUAACAUAGUCUGUUUGAAAUUCCAUCCAGCCUUUGUUGUUUUUGACUCUUUGACUGUGUUAAGUACAAUUACUCUAACUGUAAUGCAACAACAGCCUGAACUAAUCCUGCUAGGUCAAAGACUCACACCUCUGUGGAAAACCACUACAAAAAACCAAAACAACCAUGUACACUUACUAAGAAGAGCAAACAUUUACUUCAAUUGCAGUAUAUGCUUUUCAGUCACAAAAAAAAAGAACAGUGAUUAGACAGUGGUCACAUCCUGUGCAAAAAUAAAAAAUAAAAAACUUGAAAUAUAAAAAUGGUAGCACAAGGUAUCAUUUGCGUACAUUGCAGGAAAAAGGAAACAUGGUAGCUGAAAUAUGGCACUCCUGGCAAUUUCUAAACCAAAUAGAAUGCCUUUGAAAUGACUGAGUGCAUUUAUUGAGUGUAUUAGUAAGAAAGCCCCACAACCAUAAAUAGUACAAUAUUUAAAAAUAAAAAAAAUAUUUAUAUCCAUCUAAGACAGAUAGUGUAUUUGUACAUUAGAACUCUAAGUGCAGAAGGUGUUCACGUUUUGCCUUUUGUACUUUUUUAAUUCAGUACUUGACC